AUGACUCAAAUUAAUCUUAAUUUAAGUGGGAAUGAUAUCUGUGAAGAAGGUGCUUCAAGUAUUGCAAAUGCUUUAUAAAAGUGUUAUUAAAUUAUUCAAUUAAAUCUGGAUUUUUCAGGUUGGAAUAAUAUUGGUGUUGAAGGAAUUUAGAGUAUAUCAAAUACCUUAUAGAAAUUCUAAAGUAUUUCUCAAUUAAAUCUAAAUUUAUCAGGAACUAGUUAUGUAUAGAAUCAUUUAGGUUUAAUAGGAGCUCAAAUAAUAGCAAAAGGUUUAGAAAAUAGUCAAAAUAUUUCAGAAUUAGAUCUGAAUUUAAGCUUAAAUAAAUUAGGUUAUGAUGAAUUUUACUUAAUAACAAAGGCUAUAGAAAAGUGUUAAAAAAUUUCUAAACUAAAUCUUAAUUUAUCUUAGAAUUCUUUAAAAUUAAAUGAAGUUAGAGCUAUUUCAAAUCUAUUAGAGGUCUUAAUUAACGCUACUGAAGUGAAUCUUAAUUUAAGUGAAAAUUUAAUUGAUGAUGAUUCAUGUAAGAUGAUAGCAAAUUCUUUAACAAAAUCUUAAAAUAUUUCUAAAUUAAAUCUUGAUUUGAGCUCAAAUUGUGUUGGCAAUAAAGAAGUUAGCAUUAUAGAAAUUUUUUUAUAAAAUUGUAAAUACAUUACACAAUUAAAUCUUGAUUUGAG